AUGCUGUCGUACCAGGACAGUGCCCCCUCCAUUACGAGUAAAUCCACUCGCCAGAGUGUGUACCAGACCAACGGACGGCCACUCAGCGAGGAGGCCAUCUACAGGGCCAAGUUGAAGUACGGAAUCUACAACAACCCGGCCAAGGUCAACCUUGGCGUCGACCCUUCCGCUUCAGACACCGCCGCGCUGCUGGCCUCCUCUUCAGAUCUGUCUGUGCAUCCUUACAAGAGAGAAUUGUCCGCAGAGGCCGCCACUGCCGCCCUGAUUGCCAAGACGGACUCUGCGCCUAGGGCCUGGAAGCGCAACACCUUUGCACCGGAAGCAGAAUACGCCGCCAUCAGUGCCAAGUCCCAGAAGUACCCGUUCUUCGAGGAGGACGAGGACGGCGGCGACGCGGAGCUGUCGCAGGACGCGGCCUCGUCUGUGCUGCGCAAGUCCGCGUCGGCCACCGCCAAAUCGGCCCUCCAGGACGUGUACGACUUUGACGACGUGCGCUCCGGCCGCACCACCAUGAGCAACCUGCAUGCCUCGUCGACCCCGGGCACCACCGUGCGCGGCGCGUACGAGGCCAGCAAGGUGAUCAACAUCGGCCGCAUCCUCAACCGGGCCACCGACUCGGCCACCAAGAGCAUGAACUCCAGGAUCAACCCGGACCAGGACUUCCGUUCCGGCCUCACCACGGCCAACGCCUACACGAGCGCAAACGGCGCGGUCGAUAUAUCCAAGAUCACGUUCUCGGCCAAGGAGAGCGCGCUCAAGAGCAUGUCCUCCAGGCUCAACCCGAACAGGGACGGGCUGUACGGCAUUCCUACGGCGAGCGACAACCUGAACAACGAGGAGUUUGCGUCGGUCGGCGCUCUGGCGUCGCUCAAUUUCGACCCGCGGCUGGACUAUGCGGCGGCGGAGCGCGCGACGCUGGCGCGCAACUCGCUCAUCGACAACCGCGUGCUCAUCAAGGCCAUCAGCAACGCCAAUGCCAUGCUCGACCAGAUCGACAACAAGGCUGUGCAGGACAAUAUAUUUGGCAACCGGGAGUGGAACGUGAAGGCCCUGCAAGUUGCGCAGGCGAACUUCGAGAAGCGCAAGAACCAGACGAGCGGCAAGAUUGAUGUUGGCGGCGGGCUUUGGAUGAGCAUUGACGAGAUAAACCGCCUGGCGUCGUCGGUGGUGACUCCGAUUUUGUCCGAUCUGAACGACAAGGUGGAGCAGCAGCGUAUGACGAACUUGGCUGCGCAGCAGCGCAAAGCCGAGCUGAAGCAGGCGCAGGCGGAGUUCUUCGCUGCUCAGAAACAGGCCAAGCUCGAGGCUAAGCAGAGACGCGAGGCCGGCAAGGUCUCACGUCGCCAGAAGCUGCAGGAAGAUAAGGACACGCUAAGAGAGCAGCAGGCGCAGAUGAAGGCCGAGCAGCAGGCCGCUCUCGAGGCCAAGCAGCAGGAGUUCCGCGAGCAGAUCGAGCAGGAGGAGAAGAGCAAGCAGGAACUCGACGCCGAGCGGAACGACAAGCUGACCGGGCUCCAGAAGGUGAAGGACGGCAAAGACGCCGAGAGACAGGCCGAGCUGGAUGCGAUCCUCGCCGAGAAGGACGAGGAGCUAGCUCCGCUCGUGGCAGAGUGCGAGAAGGAGACUACUGCGUGGAACGAGCUUAAGGCGAAGCGCGAAGAGGCCGAGGCGUAUUUGGCGGAGCACCGGGACCGCUAUGAGAUUGCUAGUGCGAAAUUGGAGUCGACAUUCAAAAAAUUGGAGAAAAUCACCGCCAAGAUCGCCGAGGCUGAGGCUGCGGUUGCAGCCGCGUCGAGCGAGUCUAACAAAGUGACCUCCGAGAGCGACCAGGUGCACGAGCAGGCCGAGAAGGAGUACGAGCAGAAGAUGCGGGAGCACGAGGAGUAUGUGGCGGCGAGAUCCAAGCUUACGCAACAGAAGGAGGAGCUUGAGGGGCAGAGAAAGGGCCUUGUUGCCGAGUUGAAGGACCUCAAGGCGGCUAACAAGCAGCAGGAGAAGAAAAUAAACUCGAUUUUGCCCGAGCAUCUGCAGAGAGACAUCAGCAGUGACAUUUCCGACGAGGAGACGAUCGACCAUUCGAAGUUCAAGCUCGACGACGCGUCGAUCCCUGAACCGCCGCCCGUGAAGGUGGAGGAGCCAAAGAAAGAACCAGUCGACUACGGAUUUACCGAGGAUGACGAGCCAAAGCUGGUGAAGCGGACGGAGCAGCAGCCAGAGCAGCAGCCAGAGCAGCCAGAGGAGCCGGAGGAGCCAGUGGCAGACGUGGCUACCAGCGAGCCAGCUGCGGUCGAGAAGCUUGCGGCUGUGGAGGAGAAGCCAGCUAAGAAGAAGAAGGAGGGUCUGGGAAAACGGUUCCUCAAGUUCAUGACCCAGGAGCCACCGAAGCCAAGGAAGAAGGUGAAGGCUUCUCGUAAGGCAGCUCCACAGGCAAAGGAGACCAAGAAAGAGCCAUCAGAGGAGGCGGCAGAUGCAUUCUCGAACUUCUCUCAAGGCUCAGAGGUUGCUGAGAAAUAA